GUCAUUAGUGGUAUUCAUUUUGGUUGAAUUUUUCCAUAAACAAUGAAAUUAAUCGUGGCAAUUUUUCUCGCGCUCGUCUUCGAAAGGAUUCUAGCUAAUCCAGGAGAUCCUGAAAUCCUCAAAAAAAUUAUGACAGAAAAGAUAGCUUUGGAUAGUUCAGAAGAAAUUUUUCGAACUAAUCCAUUCCAAUUUUCAUUCGAUUUGAGAAUUCGAAAGAUUGAAAAGAAAAUGAGAAAAGAACACGCUUACUCUUGUCUCCUUGAAUAUCUGACCAAAAUAAGAGCCGCAAUGGUGAAUAUAAAUAAAAGAUUUUCAGAAAUCGGAACACAUGUAUUGCAUGAACUCUACACAAAUGAUACACAAUUGCCUAUACUUUUUGAAAACGAUGAAAUGAAGCAAAUAAUUCGAAGAAAUUGGAACUCCACGCCUGCAAGCGGCAACGAUUCCCUGCAAGAGAUAUACAUGUGUUUGGGUGAAAUGAACAAGAGAAUGGCUAGAACUAAAAAAUCUAUGGCCAAUUGUGAAAACUCAUAUCAUGAUUCAUUGUUUAAUGGAAAAUUUUCAAAACUAAAAGUAGAUAUUGAUUACGUUUUGGGAUGGAAUGGUACCUGUCUUGGAGGAUUACCAAAUUCGAUAAACAAAUCUAUACUGCUACCAGCUAAAAAUUUACCAAAAAUGACAGAUGGAUCUGUGCGCACUCUUUUGGAAUGCAUUCAAAACGUUUACACUACGUACAAGCAAAAGCAAAAGCCAAAUUACGAUACAAUUAAUGAUAAUUUUAUGGUGGUGGAACUUCUUUAGUUUGUAUUUUUUUUCUAAUUCUUCACUGAAAUUUAGCCAGAUGUUAUAAUGAGUUUUGCUGAGUGAAAUACUUCAAUAUUUUAAAGUGUUUUUUGUCUUCACUUUUUUCACUCUCAAAAUCUUGUUUUGUCAAAUCAACAAUGUCAUGUAUAUUCGUUUAAAUAAACCGAAAAAUGAGUUCAUAGUUUGAA